AUUCAGUUUUCUCAAAACGUCACUAACGCGAACACAAAUCGCUUCAAGUACUUACACGUAUCGAAAUGUUUUCGAGGCGAAUGUUGAAUUUAAACUCGCCUGUUGUUUCAAUACAUGCCUGGACCAAAUUUUACUUCAACUUCUCAAUCAAAUAUCACAACAGUUCACUAAUCAAUUAAUCAUGUCCUCAACGUCGAACCAGAAUUCAUUUUUGGCUCUGUCCAUACUCAUUACUUUACAUCAUCUCAUCAUCUCCAUCACAUGCAACGAAGAAUUCCACACACUGGCAAUUUCUCCACGUUACAUCGACAAGACCCACCUGUUGAGUACAUUUUUCCGCAACACCGACACUCCAUACAACUACCUCACAUGUCCUCGACUUUUCGGUAAAAGUGCCAUAUUAAACAUGAUCGAGACAUUCGCCCAAGUUCAAGUAGACCGACACGGUCGUCCAAUCAAUUGGGCAGAAACGAAAGCCUUCGAGGUAUUCAAGAACUCUAAAAUCCACCGAUUCGCAGGCCAUAUUUUAAGCCAGCAUAUGGCUCGAUAUCCAGUGAUCUUACUAGAUUUGCAUUUCGACACCAUCGAAGGUAUGUACGAGCCCGAUAUAGUGGCCCAUUUAAACGAACAGAUACAAACGUGUUUCAAAUUCACCGUGAUGAAUGAAGUUAACGAAGACGGAGCCGAAGGGAACUCCACGUUUAAACCUUGGAACUUCACUAUGAACUUACAAGAUGUAGCAUUCAUGAGACAAGUGAUUCAAGGAAGACUCAGCUUACCGGAGAUUCGAAACUCACUGUACAGACUUUCAAAAAUCCUUUACAACUGUUUCCAUCAUACCAAAGUCAUCGUACUAGUCGAUAACUACGAUAGUGCGGCGGUUAAAGCGAUGUUAACUCGACACAAACAGAUCGGAGUGAAUAUAUUUUACGACCUGGUUAACACGAUGUUAUCUCAGGCUUCAACUACAGGAGCAGAAUUCAUCAAGUACAUGCUGAUCACUGGAACUAGCGCAUUGCCUUACUAUCGAGAUCAAUGGAAACUUGAAAACAUCACUCAUCGUCCUUUUCUGGACGAUCACCCCUUCAGCGAGUUUUGUGGAUUCUCUCAACAAGAUGUCGAGCAACUGUUUGAUAAAUUUGAAUGCGAUGAUAGCGAAAAAUCGUCCAUAAAGGAAUUUUACAACGGAUACUCGACCGCUUUUGCACAACAGGCGGUAUACAAUCCGUAUUCCAUUAGAAGAUAUUUCCAACCUGAAGAUCGAACCCUAAGAAGCUUCUGGAAAAUAAAACCUCGAAUAGAAACCAUAGUUAAAUUUAUGCCAUUUCGAACAUUUUUAGAGAAUUUAUUCAUUCCUGUGAUUACGAGCAAUAAAAUGCCUACUAAUUUCACUCUACUUAAAACAUACGAAACGCAAUCUUUUGGGAGAAUGUUUGAAAUGCUGGAUUUGUUGAAAGAUAUCCAAGACACUCACGAAAGGUUAACGAGGGAUAGAAGAGUUUACGAUCCGAUAAUUCAUACGUUUGCUUUUGAGCAAGGGUAUUUCACUCAUUCGAGUAAUUCGUCGUAUGCUGUGCCAAACCAAGAAGUGAAACAAGAACUGGUCGAAAAAUCUCUGGAGUAUUUUUCGAGGAAAGUUUACAUGCUAUGAUCCAUGGAGUCAGCUGAAGUGAUGAUGAUAAGAAAAUUUUUGAAAUUUUAAUCGAAUAAACAAUCUUUUAGUAUCAGUGUACGAAAAUUGAUCGUAUGUCGAAGUAUUUAGUUGUCUCUGUCAAUAAAUGUUCCAGUAUUGCGUAUCCCUUUCAAUUUAGAACCAAUUGAACUCAACAUUCAUGAAAGUUCUCAACCAAUCAAACGAUUAUGCAACCCACUUCACACAUUUGUCUUCUUUUCUCAACCAUACUAACGACCAUAAACAGUCUCUCGGAAUUCCAGACACUUUCCCAAUCACCAUACUACAUCGACAAAACCUACUUCCUUUCAACACUGUUUUCCGAGCUGAAAAUACCCUUCAAUUUCAUCACAUGUCCCCGUCACUUUGGCAAAACCUCAAUGUUAGUGAUGAUCGAAAAUUUCGCUCAGAUUGAAAUCGAUAAACAUCGACAUCCAAUAGACUGGACCGGUAGCAAAGCGUUCCACAUAUUUGAAAACCUGAGCGCUGCUCAAAUCCACCCGCUGAUGAGAAAUCACCUGGCUCGAUAUCCGGUUAUCCAGCUCAACUUGGGGUUUCCCAGCAUCAAGGAUUUUAAUGGUACGAAUUUGCUGGAUAGUCUGAAUCAAAAGUUGGAGAAAUGUUUCGACAAAUUCCGAUGGUUGUGUAAAUGUCGACAAAGCAGGAACUUCUCAGCUCCUUACGGACCUUACGGCAAUAUCUCUCAAGAAGAGUAUGCUUUUGUUGGAAGUGCUUUGAAUAGGACUCUGGACCAUACUGGAAUCUCAAACAGCUUGUUGGAACUUUGUAAAAUACUCUAUCAUUAUUUUCGAGGCACUCAGGUCAUCGUAUUAGUGGACGAUUACGAUAGCGCCUCCAUUAACGCUAUGCUGGCUCCUAGUGUAAAAUUGAAUGAAUACUACGACCUAGUGAACACAAUGCUGUCGAAGAUCUUUCUGGAGGGUCAAGAAUAUAUCAAGUUCUGCCUGAUUACAGCCACCAGCGCGAUUAAUUUCUAUAAAGAUCAAGCAACUCGUUUUGCGACAGUGGCUCAUCGGCCUUUUAUGAGUUAUCAUCAGUUCAUACCAUUCUGCGGAUUCUUAGAUACCGAAGUCAAAGCCAUCAGUCGCAAGUACCAUAUCGGGCAGAAAAAACUAACCGAGAUUCAGAAGUACUAUAACGGAUAUUUCACUUGUGGCAGCGAUCCUAAGCUGAUUUACAAUCCUUUCGCGUUCACUCGUUACUUGAUGUUGGGACAAGAGGUGAAAAAAUACUCGAAACAUACACCACAAUCUGAAAUCAUUGAAAAAUUACUCAUGUUUCAAGUGUUUCGUCAGAAUCUAUUCAGAACGGCUUGGUCCAAGACUACAGAUGAGUGUAACUUUUUUUUGAAGAAAACUUACGAAAAGGAUGAUUUGGAUAAAAUGAUAAAUUUACUUGGAAAUGAUCAUAAUUAUCUCACGAACGAACAAAUAUCUCAAGAUAGAGAAACGUAUCUUCGUAUACUGCAUUCAUUCGCUUUUGAACAAGGUUAUUUCACGUAUUGUAUCGGCAAAAAACAUCAUUUCAAGAUUGCCAAUCAUCAAGUUAAACUGGAAAUCAAAGAAAUGAUGACGAAGUACUUCAAAGCGCCACCUGAACGAGAAUUUUGAUGAAAUUAAUGAUCGAUAUCAAUUUAAUAGGACUGGGUAUUGGAUCAAAGGAGGGUAAUUCAACGUCAAAUUAGCUCGGUUUUGAGUAUACGUCCUCCGAUUUUGUUCAAAAUCUUCCAAUAAGUUUCUUUAUAUCAGGAAAGAAGGAUAAUCGAUAUCAUUGAUGGCGUCCCAAUACCUCUUAAGACAGGUGGGGUGGGGUUAGUUCACUCAGCAAUUUAAAUUUCUUGUUACAAUGCCCAACUUUGGAGUCGAUUGUUCAAGACUGUAGCGAAUUGAAGAAAAUCUAAGCACUUUCAAAAGUCCAAAGUUGAACUUUUCUUGAGAGCUCAAUUUUCAAGAGCUUGCCAAAUUUCGGAGCUCUGAUUAGAAAAUUUAAAAAAAAUAAAAAACCAAGAAGCAUACAUUUUUAUGAUAUUUACAACUACUUGUAUGAAUCUCUUGCAAUUAAAUUCGGAAACCGUGGGGGUUUAGAGCCCCAAAAUUUUGGUCGAAGUGUAAAAAAAUGUAAAAUAUCGUGUGACAUAUAGUUUCCGGCGUUUUCGAAAGCUCAGAAUACAAAUAUAGGCUUAUUUUUCAGAAUUAGUCCCACUGUAAUACACUGGCCCUUUCAGUUCUCAAAAUUGUUGAUUUAUCUGGUUUUUGGAAGAGCUGAAUACGAAUAUCUACAUGCUCUUUUGAUUCGACUUUUCCCUUUAGACUUUCACAAGUUUUUUGAAAAUCAAAAAAUCUUGCGAUACGUGAUUCAAAAUUCGUACUCAAUUUUUUAUUCAAAAAAAGUGAUUUCAGUAACCUAAAAAGUUGAAAAAAUAACCAAACGAGUUACAAGACGUGAUAAUUUAUUUUGAUAUAGAAAGAAAUCACAAGAAAAUUCAGAACACUUCAUUAAAAAAUGAAAGAAAAAAGACUUUCUGGUAAUUACAAUUAAUAGCAAAAAAUUAAUUCUUUGACUGUUGCACAACUUUUUAGUAAUAAAGUAAGACUUCUUGCCAAUUUCUGGUAGAAAAAAAAGAGAUUUAAGUAUACAAUUUUAGUGUUUAGAGCUUUUUUUUUGGGCAAUUUUUGACAAAAAAAAAAGCAAGACUUAAGCACUUUAUUGAAAAAAAUGAAACUUUUUGCAGUGUUUUGUAAAAAAACGACUACACAAUUAUUUUGAGAAACUUUUGGCAAAAAAGCAAAACUUUUUAGCAGUUUUUAGCAAAAAAGUUAGACUUUGGCAAUUUUUGGCAUUUUUAGUGCCUAGAAAAGCGAGAUUUUGUAGCAAUUCGGAAAAAAGCGAGAUUUUUUUGUCAAUUUUUGUCGAAUAAGUGAAACUUUUUUUGCAACCGUUUGGUAAAAAAAUGACCUUUUUGGAAACUUUCGGCAGCAAUGUGAGACUUUUUCCAAUUUUUGGAGAAAAAAUGAGGUACUUCAAAUUCUCUGGAAACGAGCGACAAUUUUUUAAAAUUUCUGGAAGAAACAACACUUUUUGAUAAUUUUAGCAGAAAUCGAGGCAUCAAAAAUUUUAGCCAAAGGCAGGGCUCUGUAUCUCUAAAGCUGAAAAGGAAGGUAACCGCAGUUGGAAAAGAAUUUAAUAGGGGAAUGGGUACUUCAGUAAAUUAUCAUAUCAACAUUAUUCUUGUUUCUUUCAACAUGGUAUUUAAAAUUUUUUUUUUUGAAAAUCACUAGGUACUUUUUUACUACAUACUUUUUUCACAUUUUCUAAACCAAAUUUUCAAAAAUUUCUCCACUCGCCCCCCUUCCACACAAAAAAAUUAACAACGUCAAAUUUUUCACAGGAAAAUUUUCAAAAAAAUUAAAAUUGGAAGAAAAUUUGUAUAAAAAGUAUUCUUUAAAAACAUUUCAAUCAAAAUUAUUGAAAAAAAAAACAAUACAAAUCAACUCAAUAAUGAAUUUUUCACUACUUUUUUGACUAAAUUCACCACUUUCACUACCCAUCUUCAAAAUCACUACUUUUUCAUCACUUUCACUAUACUUUCAUUACCAGUUAGAUAUAGGUACCCUAUUCAAGAAGUAAAAACACGAUUUGGAAAAAUUAAAUGUUUGCAAUUAAGGUGGUACCCCCACAAUUUUGAAAAAGUAACCAAAAGUUAGUAUUAGUAAAUCAAGCAAGUUGCUUCAUCGAAAAGUAACUGAGUUUGAUCUCUGUAUUAAUUUUCAGGCAAUUUUGGGACGCUGGCAGGGUCGAAAAAGGCGGGAGGGGGCUUCGAAUCAACAAACUCAAGUUGAUAUUCCUUGUCACAAGAUACUGUAUUUUACAUUUUUUCACAUUUUGACUAAGAUUCCGGGGCUUUGGCACCCCCCUCCACCCUUAAUUUAGCAUCAUCAUCAUUAUUGAACUUUGACCCGGUGAGCUGUUCAGCCCGUCUGGGAAACUGUGGGAGAAUUAUUGCUUGUCGAUGUAUCAUCAAGUUUUUUCUUCGGUCUUCCUCUGCUCCUCCUGCCAGUUGAGUGUAUUCUUUGACUUUUCGAAGAGACCGUUCAUCAGGCAUUCUAUCAACAUGUUUUCACCAUUUCUUUCUGUAGCGAUCUUCAGCCUGUUUUGUUUCUUCCAUAGCGUGGGCUUUUUUGCCUGCUGCCCAACAGGGUUCCCUGAUUUUCCAGCCAGUUUUCUCUUAUUUUUGUUUUCUCGAGAAAUUGGUUUUUUUGCUUCUAUGGGUUUGUAGGCCAAGGAAGUAUAGAUUGAUGCGGGGGUUUCCCUCUGCGGCAUCAAGCUGACUUUCCGGAAGUUCGGUUAUAGCGCCAAAUGCUCGCUGUUGUACAGGAUUUGUGCCUAGCACUAGCAGUAUUUAUGACUCUUGAGUACAGGGGUUUGCAAGUUUUGCUGUCUUCCUGUCACUGAUUCAGGGAUAUUUUAUGAUUGUUUUCUCUUCUCCCCUACUUCCUGAGAUGGCUUGAUGUUGUAGCCCAUUCAGGUUGCAGCUUUGAUGCUGGACACACGCCAAGGUGUUAGGUUUGGUCUUAGCCUCAUCUUCAGCUUCCAGCCUGCCGAAGAUGAGUUACUGGCCUCUGCGACGUGGACGCUCCAAACCUCUCUUAAGGUUUGUCUUCUCUACUCCUGGGACUGGCAGUUAUAGCGUAGAUUGUACGUACCCAAAGUUGGCCCAAGAGGCCCUUAAUUUGGCAAAUUCCUAAAAUGAAAAGUUCAUAGUUGUAAAUAUCAUAAAAAUGGAUGCUUCCCAAAAUUUUGACAAAUUUUCAAGUAACGAUCAGAUACAAAAUUUGGCAAACCUUAGAAAAUUGAGUCUUCAAAAAAGCUUAAAUUUGGACUUCCGAAAUUUUUGGAAAAUAUUUUAGAUACUAGGCACUUUUAAUUCUUUUUUGAGCGCAGCAAACAGAUUUUCUUCAAUUAGCAUCAGUGCUGAACAAUUGACUCUAAAAUUGGGUAUUGUGGCAAGUAAUUUAAAUAUCUGAAAAAAGUAGCCCUGCCCCAUCUGUCCCAAGAGGGACGGUGGAGUCACAGUCAAUGAUGAUAAUUUUUGUUUUUCCUAAAAAAAACUGUUGAGUAAAAUCGAAGAACCUGAUCCAGAAAUUAGCCUGGUUUUACAUUGAAUGACCAAGGAAUGAAAACCGUUCGAAAGUAUUAUAAAAAUGUAUUUUCAUUUGAACCUUCAUAAGUUUGUUACAUAAGUUUUUCCAAAAAUUGUCACAUUUAGAGUAAUAAGUAAAAUAUCAAAGGGAGAUAGGGAAGUCUGAACAUACCAAAAAUUUUAACCUGAAAAAAUUGUACGCUUGAUUUGCAAAUUUGUUAUCCAAGAUUAGAUAAAUUUCAGAUUCAGAGAUAGAGUGAUAGGGAAGGUAUUGGUUGAAUAAAUACACCAACAUCAACACUCGACUCGGUCAAAUUUUGAAAUAAUUUUGAGCAAUUUUACAAAAAGCAUUCUUUAAUUAUGUUUCUAAAAUAAAUUCAAAUUUCAACUUGAAGAGUAAUUGUUCGUUACCUAUUUAAUGAUUGCCAAAAGACAACAUCUUAUCAAUUUUUCCUGAAAAUAUGUCGAGUCUAAUCGAUUAAAUUUUGAUAUGGCAUUUGCACUUUUGACAAAUCAUAGAGAAUGCACAGCCGAAGUCACUUAUCGUAGAAACAAAGGAAUCCACCAUCAUCAAACCAGAGGAACACGAAGAAGAAAUGAAUAACACUAAAUUCAGGUAUCAGUUCAGUAACAAUGAUAACGAUUUUUUGCUCAAUCACUAAGACCCUCAAAUCAUCCAUCAUGUUUUCAUUGAUCCUCCACUUCACCUUCUCAGUUUACGUUCAUUGCAUCAGCAACAACGACAUCAUAUACUACACCAGUAACGAGACUUACGAUGCAUCCGAAGUUCUACGACCAAACGAAACUCGUAUUCGAAUCGAUCGCACGAAUCUACUAGAGAUAUUUUUCAACGAAACCGAACACCCUUAUAACUUCCUCACUUGCCCCAGAUUAUUCGGUAAGACUUCCAUUAUCGCCAUGAUCGAAGAUUUCGCACAGAUGGAAAUCAACGAAGAUGGAAUUCCCAUCCACUACAUUUACACUUACAGCCACCAUUUUCAUAAAGGUUGUAAAAUUGGCUCGAAUGAUCAAGUAAUGUCCGAACAUUUGGCCCGAUACCAGGUUAUUUUGAUCGAUAUGUUUUCCGAUUCGUAUCAGGCUAUAACCACCGCUGAUUUGAUACAAGAUUUGAAACGUCAACUGAAAUUGUGCUUUGAGAAAUUCAAAUGGUUGCCGGAAAUUCUACCACGAGGUUGUAGUGAUAAGAAAAUUACGACUUUUGAAAUGAAGUUCGUGGAGCGAUUCGUCAAUGGUACCAUUGGAGAUGAUGAGAUACCGGAAUGCAUACUUCGCUUAUCCAUGAUCUUGUACAAAUUUUUCAAUCAAACCAAAGUCAUUAUACUAGUCAAUGAAUAUGAUAAUGCCAUGUUGACCUCUUUAGUAACACAAAGAACAGAUGUGGCCAAAUUUUACGAACUGGUGAACGAAAUGUUACACAAUGCUUUCAGACGUGGUGCUAAAUACAUAGCGUAUGGUUUCAUCGCAGGCACGAGUAGUCUGGCAUACUACAGGACUUACCCUUCGAUGCUUGAAAAUGUAAUACAUCGUCCAUUUUUAGACAGUCAUCCUUUUAAUACAUUUUGCGGACUGUCUGACUCAGAAGCGGAGAUAGAAUUAUUCGAAAAAUAUAAAAUAACGAGAAGGGAAAGAAGUAAAAUACAAAGAUUCUACAAAGGUUAUCAACUAAACUCGAAGAACGUAUCACUGUACAAUCCACAUUCAGUGACUAACUAUUUCCUUCAAAGCUCGGAUUUCCAACGCACCGCCGGAGUAUUCUGGAAUGGUGGAUUUAGUUUCGAGAUUCUGGUCAGAUUUUUAGCUAACGAGUACUUCCUCAAGAUGGUGUUCAGGUCGACUGAACGUACUAUGAAGUUGCCUUUUGAUUUGAGCCAUCAGUAUGAAUCGACUGCACUGUGUAUUCUGAUGAGGCUGAGAAAGGAAGAGUAUGAUGGCUUUAAUGCUGAAGAUAUUCGUCAACGUAUUAUGUUCACGUUUGCAAUGGAACAAGGUUAUAUAUUACGAGGGAUCGAGCCGAAUUUAUUUGCGCCUCCGAAUUUGGAGAUUAGGCAAGGGAUACAGAUUGCUGUGAUGGAGCAUUAUCAGAGAAAACGAGUACCUCAUAUGAAUAUAACGAAGAAUAUGCUGAGUAUUUUGAAAUCUGAUGAUAUUUAAAUUAGCAUAAGUAAGCACAAUAAUAUGGUCUUGGGUACAAGUUAUUGAAGAUCUCGACUAGAAUAAAUACUAAUUAACUGAAUGGUUUUCCAUUAAAGUAACUUUAAAAAUUGAUAAAAAAUGUUGAAAAUUUGCUUUUUAACGAAACUGUUUUUUUUUUCAAUCAUUAAAAUAAAAUCACUG